AUGGCGUCCCCGGCGCUGGCGGCGGCGCUGGCGGCGGCGGCGGCGGCGGCGGGCCCCAACGCGAGCAACACUGGAGAUUGGGGUAGCGUCGGAGGCGCCAACGCCUCGGGGACCGCCUGGGGGCCGCCACCGGGCCAGUACUCGGCAGGUGCUGUGGCGGGACUGGCGGCCGUGGUGGGCUUCCUCAUCGUUUUCACUGUGGUGGGCAAUGUGCUGGUGGUCAUCGCUGUAUUGACCAGCCGGGCGCUGCGUGCUCCGCAGAACCUCUUCCUGGUGUCGCUGGCCUCGGCUGACAUCCUGGUGGCCACGCUGGUCAUGCCCUUUUCGCUGGCUAACGAGCUCAUGGCCUACUGGUACUUCGGGCAGGUGUGGUGUGGCGUGUACCUGGCCCUGGAUGUACUCUUCUGCACUUCGUCCAUCGUGCACCUGUGCGCCAUCAGCCUGGACCGCUACUGGUCGGUGACGCAGGCCGUCGAGUACAACCUGAAGCGCACGCCACGCCGCGUCAAGGCCACCAUCGUAGCCGUGUGGCUCAUCUCGGCCGUCAUCUCCUUCCCGCCUCUGGUUUCUUUCUACCGCCAGCCCGACGGCGCCGCCUAUCCGCAGUGCGGCCUCAAUGACGAGACCUGGUACAUCUUGUCGUCCUGCAUCGGCUCCUUCUUCGCACCCUGCCUCAUCAUGGGCCUGGUCUACGCGCGCAUAUACCGCGUGGCCAAGCUGCGCACGCGCACGCUCAGCGAGAAGCGCACUCCCUCGGGCCCCGACGGCGCGUCCCCGACCACGGAGAACGGACUGGCCACCGCCGCGGGUGAGAACGGGCACUGCGCGCCCCCGCGCGCCGACGUGGAGCCCGAUGACAGCAGCGCGGCCGAGAGGCGGCGGCGCCGGGGCGCAAUGCGGCGGGGCGGGCGGCGGCGCGCGGGCGCCGAGGGGGACACGGGCGGCGCGGACGGGCCGGGGCUGGCGGCCGAGCCGGGCGCGCUGACGACGACGGCGGCCGCGAGGUCCCCGGGUCCCGGCGGGCGCCUGUCGCGCGCCAGCUCCCGUUCCGUCGAGUUCUUCCUGUCGCGCCGGCGCCGGGCGCGCAGCAGCGUGUGCCGCCGCAAGGUGGCCCAGGCGCGGGAGAAGCGCUUCACCUUCGUGCUGGCCGUGGUCAUGGGCGUGUUCGUGCUGUGCUGGUUCCCCUUCUUCUUCAGCUACAGCCUCUAUGGCAUCUGCCGCGAGGCUUGCCAGCUGCCGGACCCGCUCUUCAAGUUCUUCUUCUGGAUCGGCUACUGCAACAGCUCGCUCAACCCGGUCAUCUACACCGUCUUCAACCAGGACUUCCGGCGCUCCUUCAAGCACAUCCUCUUCCGAAGGAGGAGAAGGGGCUUCAGGCAAUGACCUGUGGCCCCUGGAACAUCUCCAAGCUAUGGGCUGGGCUGAGAGACCCAGUCAGAGAUAGCCUCCCCAGAGUCCCAAGGGUGGCCUGGAUGCCCAGAUGCACUGAGUGGGCCAGCAGGAACUGUGUGAGAGACAAUUGGGCCCCUGGGAGUGGGGCGGAGAGAGGGGAGACCCCUUUGCCUUCCCAUCUCAGCAAGGGGCUACUGCUAGGGGCCGACAGUCCAGUUCCUGGGAGUUCUGCUAUGCAGUGUGACUGUGAGGUCAGGAUCUGAGGCUGUAGUCAGGGCUACAAGCUCUCAAAUGGUGAGAAAGGAGCCCCCCUCCCACUCCAGAUCCACUUGUGAACAAGGGCUGACUUCCCAUGACCUGUUGGAUGCGAAGGUCUGGGGCAGAGGAGGAAAGGCACUGACAAUCUCUGAUUACUGAGAGUAUUUAAAUGUUUGCCAAAAACACCGACAGCCAAAACAACCAAACUAUUUUCUAAAUAAACCUUUGUAAUCUAA